AUGGCGCCCCAUGAGCAAAACGAGCAGAGACUCAUAAUUACCUCAAAUCGCCUUCCACUUUCCGUCAAACCCAAAGACGGCACUUACGAGGCGAUUCCUUCCAGCGGGGGAUUGGUGACCGCUCUAAAGGGAUUGAGCUUUCAUGCCUAUCUAUGGCUAGGCUGGCCCGGGGUCGAUAUCAAUGAACGGGACAGAGAAAGCGUCGACAAAGCCCUGGCCAAAGAAAAUGCCUCUGCAGUAUACCUAGAUGAGAACCUGGCUCAGAGUCAUUAUAAUGGAUUCUCUAACGGUGUUUUAUGGCCCACGUUACAUUACCAGUCGGAUGCAUCCUUCGAUAACGAGACAUGGGACGCGUACCAGCGUGUAAAUAAGAUCUUCGCUGAUCGAAUCAGUGAAGAGGCGGCGGAUGGUGAUCUAAUAUGGGUGCACGAUUAUCACCUACUCCUACUGCCACGUCUAUUGCGUGAGCGCCUGCAUGCGCAAAACAAAAGAUGCGCUAUAGGAUUUUCUUUGCACACCCCUUUCCCAGCAGAUGAUUUUUGGAGAGGCCUUCCUGUUCAGAAAGCGUUGCUCGAUGGUGUCCUUGGUAGCGACCUCGUUGGCUUCCAUACGGACGAGUAUAAGACGAACUUCGCUGGCGCUUGCAGAUCUCACAUUGGUGCAGAAAUUGAAGGCGACAAUAUCUACUACAACGACCGUACUAUUAGCAUUGAUAAAUAUGUCGUUGGGAUUGACUGCCAGAGAUUUGCUGAUGCACUCGAUGAUCCUGAGGUUCAGGCUGAAGUUCAGCAGAUUGAAACCCAAUAUAAGGACAAAACGAUCAUAAUCGGCGUGGACCGCAUGGACUAUACGAAAGGAUUGCCCGAAAAAUUGCAGGGCUUCCGAGUCUUCCUCGAUCAAUACCCUGAAUGGAGUAAAAAGGUUGUGCUAAUACAGAUCGCCAUUCCCAGUCGCGAAGAUGUCAAGAAAUACCAGGAUUUGGAGGGGGAAGUGAGCAAGUUGGUGGGCCAAAUCACUGGGCAAUAUGCUACUCCCACAUCGACACCAUUGAUCUAUAUUCACCGCUCAGUUUCUUUUGCGGAGCUUACAGCUCUAUAUUCGGUGUCUGAUGUCUGUCUCCUCACUUCCCGCCGGGACGGAAUGAACCUUGUUGCUUCCGAGUAUGUUGCUUGCCAAGAGGCUCGACACGGUGUGUUGGUGCUCUCUGAGUUUACCGGUGCAUCAGCCUUCAUGAAACGCGGCAGUCUGUUGUUCAAUCCUUCUAGUGCAGAUAGCCUCUCAAAUGCACUUUACGAGGCUGUUACAAUGGAGAAGGAGGAUAGGAAGAAGAUGUACGAAGAGUUGCGGAGUUUUGUCACCACCAAUACCAGUGCGAACUGGACGGAGACUUUCGUUGGGGAUUUGACGAAAUUGCAGAAAUAG